GCUGGCGCGUAGCACAGGCUUGUGGUGGGCUGUUUGUCUGCGUGAAGCUGGCAUGGCCUCCCAUUCCCCUGCAUCUGUUCCCCAUUAGCAGAGCAGAGAGUAUAAAGCAGGGAGCUGACAAGGGCUGGGAACACUCGAGUUCUUGCCUGGAUCAUGGGGUUUACUAUCUGGCUGUGCGUGCUCUGCCUGCAGGCAAGCCUGCUGUCACAUGCUCUUGACUGCUCAGGAGCAACACAGGGAGAGCUUUGUGUCAGCGGACAGACCGCAGACGGACAGUAUGAUGAUCAGAAGCAGCAGAGGGCGCUACCCCUAACUGAUGCACAGGUUUCGUUCAGACGUAAGAGACAGUUGGAGCGGAGGGGUCCCACCCACAUGAGCCACUCCAGCCUGCCUGGGGCCGUCUCUGUCAAAGGCUUCCCUAAUACUCUCAUCCAGCAGACUGAUAGGUCCAGGCGACACUUGAUUCAAGCUGCGAAGAAAAAGCCUAAAUCCCGCGUGGGCUCCUACUCCCUCCUUUUCAACGACAAGAAAUCCAACCCCCUACAGGUGGUCCGAGCAAGGAGGCAGGUGAAGAUCGAGCCACCCAAAAGGGGGAAGACAGGUCGCUCUGGGGCUUUCUCUGUCCUGGGAGAUCCACUGAAUGAUGGACAGAACGACAGACCCAAAAGAAGCAUAUGGAAGAUGAGUGCUGCAGAAUAAAAUUUUCUUUCAGCAAAAAUUUGGCAAAGCCUAACAUUACCCAAAUAAAACACGUAAACAAACUGUAGAUUGGUGUGACAAUCUGACAUUUGAAAUAAGAACUGUUUAUUUGGUCUGAGUCUUUUUGAAGUUUGCUGUUUCAACUGUAAGCUAGCUUAUUUUUGUCAGUCAGUCUACAGAUACUUUUUAUAUACUAUUUUAAGUUUCUAAUAUAUUCCUGCAUGUUAUAAAAUCAUCAUAAAAGAUCCAAUAAUAAUAUUCUAGUUUGCCAUUCUAUUGUAACCUAUUUAAUCACAGAUUCCUUAUGAAGAUUGGGGGUAUAUUUUUGCAGAAAUAUUUCUUGUGUUGUGUCAGAUUUCAAUAAAAGUUUAGUGGAGA